AUGGCUGCCACUAUUCAUGUGAAUAGUGUCAACCUUGCCAUUUGUGGUUCCACUCAUGAGAGCAACUCCAGCGAGGCCCCUUUGCCUCGGGUUGGGGGAUUUUUUCACCAAAAAUGGGUUCCAGCGGAGAGCCCAGGCAGGGGGGGAGGUGUGGGACCCACCAACUCGGGCUGGCUCGAAGGCAACUUCAGCCCGAGGUCCAAAACGAGGGAUGCUGAUGUCAGCGCCACAGUACCGCUACAGUAUCUGCUACAAUACUGUAGCGCUACAGUAACCCCCCUCGUUUUGGACCUCAGGCAGAACUUGCCUUCAGGCCAGCCCGAGGAGGUGGGUCCCACACCCCCCCCUGCGGGCCUGGGCUGCUCCGCUGGAACGUCAUUUUUUUUUCUUCCCGCCCUAGCCUCGGGCUGGGCUGCAGCGGUGGAAAAGCUCUUACUAUGGCUAAGGGCAAAUGGGUGGAGUUGCUCUGAGGGUGUGAAUAGUAGUUGCCCUAGCUCCCCCCUUGCUAUGGCUAAGGGCAAAUGGGUGGAGUUGCUCUGA